UCUUAAUCAUAAGAGAGAGAGAGUGGAGGGGGGAGUGGUUCUCAGAAGACUCACUCUCAGUGCCUCACUGCUCAGAAGUGAUAAAAAUGAAACUAAAAUUUUAAAAAUAAAGCUAAAAGAAAAAAAAUUAUACAGGGAGAGUUGUGCUUGUGCCUUGUCCAUAUCAAUAUUUAUGGCUCUACUUGCAUUUGGGUUUCUGUCCGGCUCUGCUUCAAAGUUUUGAGAGUGGAAACCCAGCAGGGAAUUGCCAGUUUUUUUUACUUCAACCAUUGAGAGGCUCUUAAUGAUGCUUAUAAGGAGAAGCAGAUCACUGUAGGAGCAUGCAUGUUCAAUCUAAUGGCUGAUUCUGCUUCAGAAUCCGAUUGCAAAUCUGAUGCACCAGGCCUCAGAUCCAUAAGCAGCUCAUUCUUCAAUUUUCAUGGUUUCUUUGUGGGGUUUGGUUCUAGAGGUUCUUCAGAUUCUGACUCGACUAGGAGCCAUACAUCUCUUGAUUUCAGUUUUCUCUCCAAUCUUGGCAACCCUUUUAGCCACAAGUCCCCAAGAUCACCAACUCAAAAUGGCCAUCAAAAGAAAUGGGAUUGCAGUAAAGUAGGUCUCAGCAUCAUAAAUUUACUUCUCGACGAAACCAAACCAACUGGUGAAGUUCUUAAUUCACCAAAGAGGAAGAAUAUAAUCUUUGGAUCACAGGUGAAGACUGGUUAUUCUGUGAGAUCCAAAUCUUUGCCAAGAGAUUACAUGCUUUUGCUACUUUCACAAACCAAAACUCCCAACCCCAAAUUAGGCAAAUCGGAUUCUGAUGCAUUCUUUGGGAAUGAUGGAGUCCCAUUGGAACCUAAAUCCUUGGAAAUCUCUUCUCCAAUUAGCUUAUCCCCUACAUCCCCUUUGAGUUCUAAAAGGUUUUGUUCUGAGAAUAGAACCACUGCUAUAACAAGUUUACCCCAGUUUAGCAGUGGAGGUACACAAACAGAUAAUUCCAUGGAAAUCAAAUUAAGUUCACUUCCAGUACCCAUUGCUUCUAGCCAUGUGAAUGUAGGUUCUCUCUCUGCGCGUGAGAUUGAGCUUUCAGAGGAUUAUACCUGUAUAAUUUCUUAUGGUCCGAACCCUAAAACAACUCACAUUUUUGGUGACUGUAUUUUGGAAUGUCACACAAAUGAGUUGUCCAGCUUUGACAAGGCACAAAAUCUGGGCUCCGAAUUGCUUCAAGAGGCUAAUUGCCUAGAGGUGGAGGGUCCAACUCCUCAUUCAUCUGAUGAGCUCUUGAGCUUCUGUUACUCUUGCAAAAAGAAGUUGGAGAAGGAAGUUGAUAUUUCUAUCUACAGAGGUGAGAAAGCAUUUUGCAGUUUUGAUUGCCGCUCUGAAGAACUUUUUGCUGAGGAUGAAACAGAGAAAACUUGUGAUGAUUCCCCUAGAAGCUCACGUGCAUCCAGCUACCAUGAAGAUAUUUUCCAAACCAGCGUGCCCAUUGCUAUAUAAUGGGUUAUGUUAUUCUCCCUUCAGUUUCUGAUGCCUCAGUGAUGAACAAAUUGUAUCAUCUGUUUUCAAAGAGCUGUUUAUGUGUAUCUGUUGCAGCCAUGGAUGAUUACAAAGGUGAAUCAUGUUGUCUUCUGAUUGUCUUCCAGUUUUCAUGGUAUUGGUGAAUCCCAGGUAGCAACAAGCAUAGAGUUUCUGUUUUUGUGGUCAAGGCAUAGACAUAAUCUCAGAUUUUUGUUAUUCUAUGUUUUGAAUUAGAUGAGUUAGAAGUGGCCAAGAGCCCUCACUCAUCAGUUUUCUAUCUAUUUUCUCUGCACUGCAUUUAUCAAGAGUUUUGUAGUUGCCUUUUGCACCUAUUGAACUCAUUGUUAAAGCUUUUCAGCUUUAUCUCCCAAAUGUCCUCCUCUCAAAUAUUCAGUUGAUGAAAUUUUGAUGGAUCAAAUUUCCGUGUGUGGCAA